AAAGAAGUGUAAAAAUAUAUGAAUGAUGAUGAUGAUUAAUAAAUAAAAAAAAAAUAAGAAAAAAAGAAAAAAGAAAAAAGUGUAAAAAUAGAGUGCAAAGGAACGACGCCCUAUAGAAGAGAUAUUAUCCUUACGAAAAUCCAUCUAACCGCACCACAAAUUCAUUCUGCAGUCUCUCGUCUCUCUUCCCCCAGUUCAAUCCAAUGGCAUCUCUCUUGCUCGGAGCUCCUCCCAUGGCAGCAACUUUCCAAUCCCAAGCCGUCACCGUUUCCCCUUCUCUCUCCUCCAAUUCACCAUCCCUAAUUCUGUCCCCUCUUCGACUUUCAUAUUCAAUCUCCACUUCCUCCUCUGCCCUACCUCUCCCUCUCGUUUACUGCGGCAGGGGUGACAAGAAAACUGAGAAAGGAAAGCGUUUUAGACACUCCUUCGGCAAUUCGAGGCCCAAGAACAAGAAGAAGGGCAGAGGGCCGCCUAGGGUUUAUGCGCCGCCGCUGCCGCCGAGAAAAGAUGAGUACGAGAAUGAUGAGGUGGUCACAUUUACUGAGGAAGAGCUUCCUUUCGAAUAAAAUGGGGAUUCAUUAUUUGCUAUUGUGCUUAAUCUCCUUUCUGCUUUUAUUUUUUCAUUUGUUCCCCUUUUUAUUCGAUGUUCUGUUAUUUGGAAAACUGAGUGUAAUACAAAUUAAACACACUUCACUUUCUAUAUCUUGUUCGUGACUAUGUGUGAUGAAUUUGUGGGAUAUUUGUCUUUGGGGAACAAAAUAACAGUCCAUUGACAUUCUUUCUACAACCAAAGCGAACUCUCAUUGUCGUAAGGAAGGAUUAUUGAUUUCUGGACUUGUUCGAAAUGAAUGUUGGAUGUUACUGUGAAAUUCUUCUAUGAAUAGAUGAAAAUGGGGAUGAAUUAUUUAUCAUUCUGAAUUAUUUUCAAUACAUGAAAAUUAAUCUAUAUAAAAACA